CAUAGUUCAGUGUAUGUCGCUGCGUCAUGACGCAAAGUCGCGCUUUCGCCUAUCGCAGUUCUAUAAAUAACGCGCUAAAAACAACACCAAACUUUCUAUUUUCGAAAAUAGUUUACUUUUUAAUUUAUAUUUGUUUAAACCAGCUAUGUUUGUAUUACUUUUAUCGUCUGUAGGAGUGGUAGCUGUUUGCGCUGUAGUUAUAGACUCCCUAUGGAGUCCCUUGGAACAAAUCACGUCAUAUCUAUCCCCUUUUUUCCUGCCUUCGGAAGUGGAACCACUGACAAAGAAGUUUGGAGUCUGGGCUGCGGUCACAGGCAGUACUGACGGCAUCGGCAAGCAAUACGCACUGGAGUUGGCUCGGCGAGGGUGCAGCGUGGUGCUCAUCAGCAGGAACCCUGACAAGCUGAGCGCGGUGGCUGGUCAGAUCGAAAAAGAAUACAAUGUGAAGACGAAAAUAAUAGUGGCAGAUUUUAGUAAAGGUGCUGAGGUGUACGCGAAGAUUGAAGAGGAACUGAAAGACAUACCCAUAGGAAUACUAGUGAACAACGUCGGCAUCAACUACGACUACCCGUGCACGGUCUGCGAGCUGUCCCCCAGCAAAGUGUGGGAGCUGAUCAACGUGAACGUGGGCGCUGUGACGGUGCUGUCGCGCUGCGUGCUGCCCGGCAUGGCGGCGCGCGGGCGAGGCGCUCUCGUCAACGUGUCCUCGGGCUCCGAGCUACAGCCGCUGCCCUUGAUGACCAUAUACGCCGCCACCAAGGCCUAUAUCCGCAGCUUCACACUCGCCCUCCGCGAGGAGUACGCGCCUAAAGGCAUCUACGUUCAGCAUCUCAGCCCCAUGUUUGUGUCCACGAAGAUCAACGCGUUCUCACAGAAGCUUCUAGAAGGGAGCUUGUUGGUACCUGACGCGGAGACAUACUCGCGACACGCCGUGGAGACGCUUGGCAGGGUGCACAACACUACUGGCUUUUGGCUGCAUGGAAUUCAGUACUUCUUCAUUAAAAUAGCUCCAGAAUGGAUAAGAAUAAAGAUUGGGAUGGCGAUGAACAAGAGGUUCAGACACGAGUAUCUACAGAACCACAAAGUCAAGGUCAAUUGACCGAACCAAUACUCAUAGAUAAAUAAAUAUAAGUUGUAUUGAUGGAGUUUGCGAAGAUACGGUGAUAUUAUAGGAUAGCACAAUUUUAUUUUUAAAUGAAAUAGUAAUUAAUAAAAUAAUAUACAGUUUAAGAACUAAA